AUGCGGAAGCUGUGCUGUUGGCUACGCCUCGACUCCAUGUACGCCCGACCUCAACUAAUGUGGUCUGCAACCUGGGCAUUUGAAGCAGAAAGGCCCAGGGGAGAGACGACACCGGACUAUCAUCAUCUGCACUCCCUUUUUCAGGCUUGCUCCAACACUUGGAUUUGGGUGCUGAUCUUGGAAGAAGGACCGAAGCAACUAGUUUUUGCGUUCUUGGAAUCGGAAGAGGAGGAGAAAAGACUUUUGAUUGAAGAACAAUCAGAACCUGUUCAAGCUAUUGGGCUUUGCGGUGUAGUACUGAAUGCAUUUGAGCUCGCCUUCUUUGUUUGGGUUCCAGCCCAAUUCGGAGUAAAAUUGUGCUACCGUGAGCACACCGUGAUCAUUGUUACAAGAGUUUUCUUAGCGGUGACCACCCAAGUCCUCUGCAGCUACAUUACUCUUCCUUGUAACACAGAGUAUGAUGCUGAUGAUAAACCCCAAGAAGAAACUGUCAACCCUAUGGUCGAUGGUGGGACUGAAGGUUUUCAAGGACAUGCCAGGGUCAUUAUGCCAGGGAUCAGUCCAUGCUUUGAGUGUACAAUCUGGCUUUUCCCCCCUCAAGUGAAGUUCCCUUUAUGCACACUUGCAGAAAUCCCUAGAACUGCUGCUCAUUGUAUUGAAUAUGCUCACCUAAUUAAAUGGGAUGAGGCUAACAAGAGAGCUGAGCUGUUUGGUAUUCCAGAGUUACAUUGUCUCUCACUCAGGGGGUUGUGAAGAACAUCAUACUGGCUAUUGCUUCCACAAAUGCGAUUAUAUAUGCUGCCUGUGCACUACAAAUACUAGCAUAACAUAUUCUAGGUCCCGGCACAAAGGAAAUCAGAAGCGGAAAUACUUCCGGUUGUGUGUCUAAUUUCUGUUCACAGUUCUGAUAUUAUUUGUUCCUCCAAUAUGGUUAUUCGUACCUGAUAGCAAGUGUGGUCUCUGCAUGUUAAUAUGAAGUGUUGGUGCAAAAGUAAGGUAAAUCUUGGACAUUAGAUAUUUACUGCAGCACGAAUCCGAAUGGUGCUGGCUUUUAUGUUUGCAUCACUUCUACCUUGGGUUCAUAACAAACCUGGGUUUUAUCUUGUUCUGGGUAGUUCCAAUGUGGAUGAAGGAUCGGAAAGGGUAUACCCAACAACAAUUUGAUGAGGUCCGCAUUGAAGUAGCCGACUACUUACAGACUCUGCUGUAUGUUCUGACCAGUUUCUUGAUUUUGAGUUAGGCUAGCUUUUAAUUAACUUUUUUGUAGCAAUUAUGAACAAACAUGAAUACUAAUUGCUAGGCUAGCCUUGUAGUAGGUGAAUUGGGGUUUUAUUUUGCCCAUUUUGUAAACUGUUAAAGAUGAUGAUUCCAGAUAUAAUACUCCAAUAUUCAAAUCACUCUUUGUGAACUAUUGAAAUUGCAA